GCCUUGUAGAUAGAGAUCUACAGAGUGCGGACCUUUCUGCAACUUCACAUUUUGCGGGGUUGCAGCUUCAAAUUUCCCUCCAUAUACUCAUCCAGCUUAGUUCGAAGGAGAGAAAUUGGCAGGUGGGAAUGACUAUGAAAUGGGGGUUGCUGCUAAUGGUGUUCCUGCUAAGCUGUGAGCUGACUCGCUCUACUGUAACCUAUGAUAGCAAGGCCAUUAUUAUCAACGGAGAAAGAAGGCUGCUUUUUUCUGGCUCCAUUCACUACCCAAGAAGCACCCCGGAGAUGUGGGAAGAUCUCAUACACAAGGCUAAAGAAGGAGGAUUAGAUGUGAUUGAGACCUAUGUGUUUUGGAACGUCCACGAGCCUUCUCCUGGCAAUUACAACUUUGAAGGGAGAUAUGAUUUGGUAAGGUUUGUGAAGACAAUUCAGAAAGCAGGGCUUUAUGCUCAUCUUCGCAUAGGGCCUUACAUAUGUGGAGAGUGGAAUUUUGGAGGGUUCCCAGUUUGGCUGAAGUUUGUUCCUGGAAUUAGCUUCAGAGCAGAUAAUGAGCCCUUCAAGAUGGCCAUGAAAGGUUUUACAGGAAAAAUUGUAAACUUGAUGAAAAGCCACAAUUUGUAUGAGUCUCAGGGUGGCCCAAUUAUACUGUCCCAGAUUGAGAAUGAAUAUGGACAGCAAGCAAAAAUGCUUGGGGCCUCAGGGUAUAAUUAUGUCACAUGGGCUGCUAAAAUGGCUGUUGAAAUGGGCACUGGGGUCCCUUGGGUUAUGUGCAAAGAAGAAGAUGCCCCAGAUCCUGUGAUUAACACAUGCAAUGGUUUCUACUGUGAUAAGUUCUCUCCCAACCAACCAUACAAGCCAACAAUUUGGACAGAGGCGUGGAGUGGCUGGUUUUCCGAAUUUGGAGGUCCCAAUUAUGAGAGGCCAGUUCAGGAUUUGGCAUUUGCAGUUGCUAAAUUCAUACAAAAAGGAGGUUCAUUUGUCAACUACUACAUGUACCACGGAGGCACCAACUUUGGACGCUCUGCCGGAGGCCCUUUCGUAACCACUAGCUAUGACUAUGAUGCUCCCCUUGAUGAGUACGGUUUGAUCAGACAACCAAAAUAUGACCAUUUGAAAGAGCUUCAUCGGGCCGUGAAGCUAUGCGAGAAGGCUAUAGUGUCAACAGAUCCUUCCACAACUUCCUUGGGAAGCCAUCAACAGGCAUACACAUACUCUUCUGGGAAUGGAGAAUGUGCAUCUUUUCUCUCAAACUAUGACACACAUUCUGCGGCAAGAGUGAUGUUUAAUAACAUGCACUAUAAUUUGCCUCCUUGGUCCAUCAGCAUCCUCCCAGACUGCAAGAAUGUAGUGUUCAACACAGCAAAAGUUGGAGUUCAGACAUCACAAAUGGAAAUGCUGCCAACUAAUUCAGAGAUGUACUCAUGGGAAACAUACAGCGAAGAUAUUUAUGCAUUGGGUGAAAGCUCAUCAUUUACAGCUUUUGGUCUCUUGGAGCAAAUCAAUGUCACUAGGGACACAAGUGAUUAUUUAUGGUAUCAGACAAAUGUUGAAAUAGGUUCAACUGAGUCCUUCCUUCAUGACGGGCAACUCCCAACAUUAAUAGUUCAGUCAUCUGGUCAUGCACUUCAUGUUUUUGUCAAUGGACAGCUGUCAGGUUCUGCAUUUGGUACAAGGCAGAACAGGAGAUUGACCUUUAAAGGAAAGGUCAACCUCCGAGCUGGGACCAACAAAAUAGCAUUGCUCAGUGUGGCUGUUGGACUGCAGAAUGUGGGAGGGCAUUUCGAAACAUGGAACACAGGAAUUUUGGGUCCAGUUGCACUUGAAGGGCUCGAUCAUGGAAAGUGGGACUUGUCAUGGGCAAAAUGGACCUAUCAGGUCGGUCUUAAAGGGGAGUACAUGAAUCUCAUGUCUACCAAUGGUAUGGGUGGUGACUGGAUGCAGGGUUCAUUGGUUGCACAGAGACAGCAGCCCUUAACGUGGCAUAAGGCUAAUUUCAAUGCGCCAGAUGGAGAUGAACCUUUAGCAUUGGACAUGACUAGCAUGGGAAAAGGUCAAAUAUGGAUUAAUGGCCAGAAUCUUGGUAGAUAUUGGACUGCUUAUGCAUCUGGGAAGUGCACGGGAUGCAAUUAUGUGGGACCAUUUAAGCCUCAAAAGUGCCAGCUUGGCUGUGGUCAACCAACUCAACGUUGGUACCAUGUGCCUAGGUCUUGGCUGAAACCAUCAGAAAAUCUGUUGGUCCUUUUUGAAGAACUUGGAGGAGAUCCAACAAGGAUAUCUGUUGUGAAGAGAUCAGUGUCCACUGUGUGUGCUGAUGUUGGUGAGAUUCACCCAAGCAUUAAGAAUUGGGAGAUUGAAAGCUUCGGUGGGCCCAAGGAGCCACCCAAACCAAAAGUCCACCUCCACUGUGGUCCUGGUCAAUCCAUUUCCUCCAUAAAGUUUGCAAGCUUUGGGACUCCCCUGGGAACCUGUGGGACCUUCCAGCAAGGCCCCUGCCACGCUCUUAGCUCAUACUCUGUCUUGGAAAAGCGCUGUAUUGGUCAAAAAAGGUGUUCUGUAGCAAUAUCAAAUACUAACUUUGGAGAUCCAUGCCCAAAUGUAGUGAAGCGUUUGACUGUUGAAGCAACCUGCGCCCCUUCUCAAUGGAAUUGAUGGAAAUUGGUAAAAUAGCCCACAAGGGACUUGAUCAAUUCACUGAAUGAAAGAAGGGACACAGUAGAAAGAAUAAUAAUUAGCACGGCUGAUGGAGUGAUUUAUUAUUGUUUAUUGAGUGUAAAAGUGUAAAAGUGUAAAAGGUAGGUAGUGUAUAAUUUAGAGGUGCCAAAGGGUCCUAUUACUUCUUUGAAAUACAAGGUGAGUGCAUAUUCUCGACGGUUUCUGGGAAUGAGAUAUAUCAUGACUACUCCGGUCCAUAUCCGUUAUUAACUGGAAGUGAUGACCGGAUGAGUUGCAUUGUCUUAUUGAGUCAACACACUGAUAGAUUAUGUGAAUCUGGGGAGAUUAAACCCCGCUCCUCUUAGGUUCAUGUUAAAAAUGGAUCCCAGCGUGUCCCUAUCCAUACUUUGUACUGCUUUAGACUUCAUUCAUUUGUGUAGUUUGUUGAAAUGGAAAUUUGCAUUU